AUGCCAACAUCAGUCGACUUCUACUACGGAGAGCUUGCUCCAACAUCGAAGCCCACAUCCAUCCCCAUCACAGCCCACAAAUUUCUCGGGUGCGUCCCAACCAGUCCCUGCACAAUCCCGCGGACGUGCAUCGCGGGUGCGGCGCAAGACGGGACACACAACGGACAACGGACGAACAUGGAUCAUUGGAUCACCACUGCACAACACUGGCAUUUGGGCACAGUCAGCCAGCACAGACACGCACGGAAGACGAUCAGCAGUGCAUCCCUCCCCUUUCCCCCCAGGAUGCUGAUCAGAGGGCCGCCAACGACGGUCCUACCAAGUCGACCCAGUGACCGUUGGACCGAAGUCCCCAUUUCGCACUCCGGAACUUCUUAUACGGAGCCCGAAUCCGCCGGCCGGGUGUGGGCUUGGCCGCCUUGCAGUUGGCGCGGAUUUACCCCUGACUUGUUUAGUACUGCCACUACUCCGGCUGCGUAGGUUGGUCUACAUCGUAAUGGCUAUUAGUAUGUGUGUACUACCUGC